CCGGGGCACCGCUCCCCAGCACCGCCAUGGGCCCCGGGGAGGUUGCGGCCAGGAACAGUUUGCGGCUCUGCUCCGCGGCCAGCCUGCUGCUGGGAGCGCUGCUGUGCGAAGUGACAGAUUGUCGAGGGGUCUUGGACAAUAUACAGAGAUUUUCUUCAUUACCAACAUAUCUACCUGUGAGCUAUCGGAUCUUCAGUGCUGAGACUUCCUUUUUCCUUAAAGAAGCCAGUCAGGAUUUCAUGAGAAACUCCAGUUUGCAAUCCCGGGUGGAGUCCUUUUUUCCAUAUAAAGCCAAGAGGCCACCUGUAUUAAAUGCCAGCUAUGGACCUUUUUCCAUUGAACAAGCAGUGCCCCAUGACCUACUGUUAACCUCAAACUUUUUUGGAUCCACCAGCAAGUUUACUUUUAACUGGAGACUUAAAGCCUCUAUCAUGAGUGACAAAAUUUACCUGAGCAAGCCCAAAGUCCAGAUCCUGUUCUACGUUGUGGGCAGGGACUGGGAUGACUACAGUACCACGGAGAGGCUGCCUUGCCUGCGGGUGUUUGCCUUCCACGAGACGAGGGAAGUCCGAGGCAGUUGCAGACUGAAGGGGGAUCUGGGAUUGUGUGUGGCUGAGUUGGAACUCCUGCCGAGCUGGUUUAACCCCCCCACGGUGGUGUCUGGCCGCAAGAAAACGACGGAUCAAACUGAAGGGAGCCCUGUGGAACUUUACUACACCAUCCAGCUGGGGGACGAAACCGGGGAGUGCACCACUGAGGAUGUGAGGAAAGGGAAUGCCAUCCGGCCAGGGAAGGAUGGUACGGACGAGACCAUGUCCCACUUGCUGAGGAUUGGCUCUGUGAGCCUCUAUCGAACCCCAGAGAGUUCUCAGCUGACAGAGCUGAGGAUGGACAGUAAUGUUGUCAUCUGGCUGCCAUCGAAGCCGGUCAAGCAAGGAGAAGUUGUGAAUGUCUUUGUGACUCUCGCUAACAAUUCCACUGUGGAACAGUUCAUACUGAGGGCCAAAGUGAAGAAGGGCGUGAAUAUUCUGAGCGCGAAGACAAGCGAUCCCCGGCAAUGGGAUGUGAAGCAGGAGGUGGGGAAUGGUGGAAAACAUUCAACCACGACCGUUAGCUGUCACAGGAUAGCACCAAAUUCAAGGAACAGAAGUAACAGUUUAUUCAGUGAAGUCGUGCAGAUGAACUUUGAAAUAGCCAGUUUCAGCAGCCUUUCCGGAACACAGCCAAUCACGUGGCAGGUGGAAUACCCUCGGAAGGGGACAACGGACAUAGCCCUCUCUGAAAUCUUCAUCUGCCAGAAGGACCUGGUAGGAAUAGUUCCACUAGCAAUGGACACAGAAAUUCUGAACACCGCGAUUCUCACGGGGAAGACGGUUGCAGUGCCUAUCAAAGUGGUUUCCAUUGAGGAGAACAGCGCCGUGACAGACAUCUCUGAAUCGGUGGAGUGCAAGUCCUCUGAUGAGGAUGUUGUCAAAGUUUCUGACAGAUGUGACUAUGUGUUUGUCAAUGGCAAAGAAAUGAAAGGCCAGGUGGAUGCAGUAGUGAAUUUCACAUACCAAUAUCUGAGCGCCCCUCUGCAAAUCACAGUCUGGGUUCCACGCCUGCCUCUUCAGAUUGAUAUUUCGGACACUGAGCUAAGCCAAAUAAAAGGCUGGAGAGUCCCCAUUGUCUCCAAUAAGAGACCCACAAGGGACAGUGAUGAUGAGGAUGAAGAUGAGCGGAAGGGAAGAGGCUGUGCGCUCCAGUACCAGCAUGCCAUGGUGCGAGUCCUUACUCAGUUUGUCGCCGAGGACUCUAGCCCUUGGAGUCAGCUGAACUACUUGCUGGGUUCUGACUGGCAGUUUGACAUUACGGAUCUGGUGAUGGACUUUAUGAAGUUGGAGGAGCCUCACAUUGCCAGGCUACAAGAAGGAAGGAUUUUGAUUGGACAAGAAGUAGGAAUGACAACAAUCCAGGUUUUUUCUCCUCUGUCGGAUUCCAUUCUGGCAGAGAAGACAGUGACGGUGCUAGAUGACAAAGUGACCAUAACAGACCUCGGGGUGCAGAUGGUGGCUGGGCUGUCGCUUUUCCUUCAGCCAAGCCUGGCAAAUAACGGAGCUAUUGUGGCUACAACCAUUGCUCAGGAGCUGCUUCAUACCCCUAAACAGGAAGCCAUAGUAAGCAUCUGGAUCCAGUUCAGUGACAGCUCAGUUACUCCAUUAGACAUUUAUGACCCCAAGGACUUCUCCCUUUCUGCCAUGUCGCUGGACAAAUCCGUUGUCUCAACCCAUCAGAGCACUGCCUGGAAAUGGCCGGUCGUGGCAGCAGAAGGUGAAGGGCAGGGCACAUUGAUCAAAGUAGACAUGAUGAUCUCUGAAGCCUGCCAGAAGUCCAAGAGGAAAAGUGUCUUGGCCACAGGCAACAGCAACAUCAAAGUGAAGUUCGGCCAAAAUGAUGCCGAUGCCAACUCCAACACUGGCGGAGAUUAUGAUGCUGAUGAGAUUGAAAACCAUGCGAGUGACCGCCGGCAAAAGGUGUCGGAUCAAGAGCGGUACGGCCAGGAUGGGCGAUACUAUGGGAGCUCUUCGGCCGAGCGAGAGGAAAGUACCGUCAGAAAAGUCAGCACCACUGCAAAGUCAAUGCUCAAAAACAAAGUCAUGAAAAACAAUAGGAUGGAUGGAGGCAAACUCUCGGAUGAUGGCCAGCUGCAGAACAUUCCUAUAGAUUUCACCAACUUCCCUGCUCAAGUAGACCUCCCAAAAAGCAAUGGGGGCGUGGAGGAGAACGACCUAGUGCAGACGCCCAGAGGCCUUAGUGAUUUGGAAAUUGGCAUGUACGCUCUGCUAGGGGUCUUCUGCCUGGCAAUUCUUGUCUUCCUAAUAAACUGUGCAACGUUUGCAUUGAAAUACCGGCACAAGCAGGUUCCAGUGGAAGGGCAAGCCACCAUGACCCACUCCCAUGACUGGGUCUGGCUCGGAAAUGAGGCAGAGCUGCUGGAGAACACAACGGACAUGUCACCUCAGCAGGAUGAGCACACCACUAUUAUAGACCGAGGGAUGGGCCAUGAGGAAAGCAACAACCUCCUCAAUGGUGGCAGUCAAAAGAACAUCCAGAGCCAGAUCCAUAGGUCUGCUGACUCUGGGGGGAAGCAAGGGAAAGAGCAGAAAACGGAACCUUUGCAUUCUCCCACAUCCAAACGAAAGCGGGUAAAAUUCACAACCUUCACCACCAUCCCACCCGAUGAUGGUUGUCCCACCGUCAACUCUAUCCUAACUAGCAAUGAUGACGAUAUUAAAUGGGUGUGCCGGGAUAUGGACCUCGGGGACUCCAAAGAGAUAAAAAACUACAUGAAGAAGUUCAAAGACAAAGUGUAGCUCCUGUCUGGUUUUCUGGGUUUAACCACACCUUGAUGCCUUCAGAUCUACAGUAUAUAGUGGGACAGAAAAGGGGAGAAGGAGGGGAUCAGUAGGGGGAAAAAAUCAACAACAAGAAGGCAGUUUCUGUCAUCAGGGAAAGAAAUUUAUCAAACUGUCCAUGGCUUUGGGUUGGUUUGUUUGUUUUUUCUCCAACAGCUGCUCGUGAAUUUGGGCAGUCAAUGGAAUGCAAAUCCCAGAAGGGAGUAAGGAAACAGAUUAACCAAUACGAUGAACUGGGCACGGUGAGGUUGUGAAAAUUUAUCUGAUGGGUCAAAAUAAUAACAAUAUUACAGACAAUCUACCAAAAAAU